AUGACGCCGUGGGUCGAUGAUGGAAUGACGAAUGGUCCACGAAAAGGGGUGAGCAAAUACAUCGAGAUUCAGACUGAUUCAUCGUACAAGGUUGAUGAGCUGAAUUCGAGCGGGGAAGAAAAUUCUGAUCAUAAACAAGUGGCAUUAGCAGUGGAAGGUGGCGAUAGCACAAAUGAUAUCUCUCUGUCAAAAAAUCGUCGACUUGUAGAAGUUGUCGAUGUAGAACAAGAUCGGCAAACCACAGGCUCUGUCAACGAUAUCAGAAACGAUCUUGGUCCCAUUGUAGAAUACGCCGCAGAGCCUUUGCUGCCGCUCGCUGAGGCGUGUGCUCCAUUGGACAGCAUCAUCCACGAUUUAUCCUUCUAUGUUCAGCUGGCGCUCGACGAAACUCCGGUUCAGCCGCCCGACGAACUAACUAUCGACGAGAGUGCUGCGAUUCGCCUCUACACGAUCGAGUGGGUAGGACCGCAUCGAAGUCUCUAUUCAAUGCUCAAUUACACCCUCAAGAAUGCCGAUCGCAAGAAUCUUCAGCCCUAUUUCAAGUAUCUCAAACUGCUCGUCACUGCUGUAGUCAAACUGCCAAUCGUCCCACCGCAGACCGUCUGGCGAGGGGUACACAAAAAUUUGAGUACACAGUUUCCGCCCGGUACCUUGGUAACAUGGUGGAGUUUUUCAUCGUGCACGAUUGCUCUGACUGUGCUCGAGAACAACAUGUAUUUGGGCAAUACGGGCAGUCGUACGCUCUUCUCCGUCGAAGCCAUCAAUGGUCGAACAGUACGUGCUCAUUCGCAUUUCGUUACCGAAGAUGAAAUUCUUCUUCUGCCGGGCACCUACAUGGAAGUUCAAUCGCAAUUUAGUCCGGCGCCUGAUCUGCACAUCGUCCACUUAAGACAAAUCAAACCGGUCGAGACACUUCUCGAACUUCCAUUCGAAGGUGCGCAUCUCUAUCUGCCGGACAAGAAAAAAGUGCCUUGGUACAAAACACGACGGACAAUUUGUGAACUUAUCUUGUUGGUGAUUCUUUGCAUUUUCGGCAUCAUUGUCGGUUCAACGCUUGGCGCAAGACGUUCGCCACCAUCACCACCGGGUGAUUUCAAUGGUGAUUACAGAACUGAUUUGGCUGUUGCAAAUCACAAUGAUCGCUUCGUCAGUAUACUGCUAGGCAAUGGCAAUGGCAGUUUUCAAAGUCAAGUCAAAUAUACCACUGGGAGUGGUCCAAUUUCUGUAACAACGGGUGAUUUCAACGGUGAUAACAGAACCGAUUUGGCCGUUGCGAAUAAUGAUGAUAGUACCGUCAGUAUACUGCUGGGCAUUGGCAACGGCAUUUUUCAAAGUCAAAUCACAUAUGAAACUGGGAGUGGUCCAACUUCUGUGGCAACACUUGAUUCCAAUAGUGAUCACAGAGUUGAUUUGGCUGUUGCGAAUUCCGGUAAUAGCACCGUCAGUAUACUACUCGGUAAUCGCAACGGAACAUUUCAAAGUCAAGUCCAAUACACCACUGGGAGUGGUGCAUAUUCUGUGUCAACGGGUGAUUUCAAUGGUGAUUACAAAACUGAUUUGGCUGUUGCGAAUAAUGAUGAUAGUACCGUCAGUAUACUGCUAGGCAAUGGCAACGGCACUUUUCAAAGUCAUAUCACAUAUAACACUGGGAAAUAUCCAGUUUGUGUAACAACAGGUGACUUCGAUGGUGAUAACAGACCUGAUCUAGUUGUUGCGAAUAAUGAUGAUAGUACCGUCAGUAUACUGCUCAGUAACGGCAACGGCACUUUUCAAAGUCAAAUCACAUAUGACACUGGGAAAUAUCCAGUUUCUGUGACAACCGGUGAUUUCAAUGAUGAUAACCGAACCGAUUUGGCUGUUGCGAAUAACCAUGAUAGUACCGUCAGUAUACUGCUAGGCAAUGGCAACGGCACUUUUCAAAGUCAAGUCAAAUAUACCACUGAGAGUACUCCAAGAUCUGUGACAACGGGUGAUUUUAAUGGUGAUGAGAGAGCUGAUUUGGCUGUUGCAAAUUCCAACGAGAACAGCGUCGGUGUAUUGCUCAGUAACGGCAACGGGAUAUUUCAGAGUCAAAUCACAUAUGACACUGGGAACUAUCCAGUUUAUGUAACAAAAGGUGAUUUUGAUGGUGAUAACAGACCUGAUUUAGCUGUUGCGAAUAACGAUGAUAGUACCCUCAGUAUACUGCUCAGUAACGGCAACGGGAUAUUUCAAAGUCAAAUUACAUAUGACACUGGGAAAUACCCAGUUUCUGUGACAACGGGUGAUUUCAAUGGUGAUAAGAGAGCUGAUUUGGCUGUUGCAAAUUCCGGUGAUAACACCGUCAGUAUACUGCUCAGUAACGGCAACGGCACUUUUCAAUAUCAAGUGAAAUAUACGACUGGAAGUGCCCCAAAAUCUGUGACAACAGGAGAUUUUAACGGUGAUAACACAAGUGAUUUGGCUGUCGCAAAUUCUGGUGAUAACACCGUCAGUAUACUGCUCAGUUACAGCAACGGCACUUUUCAAUGUCAAGUCAAAUAUAGGACUGGAAGUACUCCAUAUUCUGUAACAACAGGGGAUUUCAACAGUGAUAACACAACUGAUUUGGCUGUUGCAAAUUCCAACGAGAAUACCGUCGGUGUAUUGUUCGGGUACGGCAACGGCACUUUUCAAAGUCAAAUCACAUAUAACAGUGGGAAAUAUCCAAUUUGUGUAACAACAGGUGAUUUCAAUGGUGAUAACAGAACUGAUUUAGCUGUUGCGAAUUUGGGUGAUAACACCGUCAGUAUACUGCUCAAUAAUGGCGAUCGAACAUUUCAUAGUCAAGUCACGUACGACACUGGAAAUUCCCCAUAUUCUGUGACAGGAGAUGAUUUCAAUGGUGAUAACACAGCUGAUUUGGUUGUUGCAAAUUCCGGUGAUAACACCGUCAGUAUAUUGUUUGGUAAUGACCAUGGAACGUUUCUACCUCAGGUCAAACAUCCCACUGGGGUUGUUCCAUAUUCUGUGACAACAGGUGAUUUCAGUGGUGAUAAUACUACUGAUGUAGCUGUUGCAAAUUCCCGUGAUAACACCAUCAUCAUAUUUCUUGGUGUGUGUGACUGA